UUUUGCUGAAUUGGUGUCUGACGCGUUUUGCACAUAUUUUUUCGUUAGAGAAACGUUUCUGGUGUUUUUGGUGCUUUAUUGCGAAUUCCAAAUAUGUACACAUUUUAUUAAAUAUAUAAAAUUAUUAAUUAAGCUUUGCAUAGCUUAUGAGAAAAAGUGCAAAUCGAGAUGGAUGAAGAAUAUCAUCAACAACAUUCGGCGGCGAAGAAGAUCGGCAAGCAACAUAACACUUUGCCGCUGUGGGGAAAUGAGGCCACCAUGAACUUAAACCCGCUUAUUCUUGCGAAUAUACAGGGCUCAAGCUAUUUCAAAGUGCACUUGUUCAAACUUAAGACUUACCAUGAAGUUGUGGACGAGAUUUAUUACCAAGUGAAACACAUGGAGCCUUGGGAGCGGGGAUCACGAAAAACUUCUGGUCAAACCGGCAUGUGUGGCGGAGUGCGAGGAGUCGGCGCUGGCGGUAUAGUAUCAACAGCAUACUGCCUGUUAUAUAAGUUAUACACACUUAGGCUGACCAGAAAGCAGGUUAACGGACUCCUAAAUCACACAGAUUCACCCUAUAUAAGGGCUCUAGGAUUUAUGUACCUUAGAUAUACUCAACCGCCCGCAGAUUUGUAUGACUGGUAUGAAGAUUACCUGCAGGAUGAGGAAGAGAUAGAUGUAAAGGCUGGCGGGGGACAGACUAUUACAAUUGGACAAAUGGUAUAUCAGUAUCUUACCAAGUUAGAUUGGUUCUCUACUUUAUUUCCACGUAUUCCGGUGCCAAUACAAAAACAAAUAGAGAAGAAAUUAGAGGAAUAUUGUCGAAACAACAAUAUAAGUCCACAACAGUUGAGUUCAGCAAGAAACUCUGCGUCCAAUAGCGGAGCUGCGACUUUCGAUUAUGAGGAUACUGGCUAUGAUCGGCGUAGCGGUGGCGCUAGUAGCAGUCGAAGUAGACUACCACCAGCUAGCAGUGGAAAUUAUCGUGACGAACAUGAUGACCGCGACCACUUCGCUAAUAGUGUUCAACCUAGAAGGCGCGAUGAUUCCCCAUCGAACGAAUAUCAAAGCAGUAGAGAUCGAGAUCAUCAUCGCGAGAAACAUAAGAAAAAGCAUAAGCAUAAGCAUCAUUCUCGAAGUAGAAGCCGUAGUCCAAGUCGUAGUGAACGUAAAAGAGAUUUGGAGUAUGAUCGUGACCGGGAACGUGAACGUGAUCGAGACAGAAAUAGAGACAGAGAUUAUGAACGUCGGGGCCGUGACUAUGAUGAUCGACGUUACCGAUAAAAUCUAAUGAACCCAAUAUGUAGCAAUAAAUGUAUAUGGAGGCACAAAAAGAUUUCUUUUAUGUAAGGAAACAAUUAUUCAAUAUUUUCCACUUUCACAUACAAGCGCACUCUAAAGCAAAUAAAACAUCAUUGCAUAUAACAUUUCCAUUUUAUAAGCCAUUGUUAAACUCAGGAGCUCUGUUGUUUAUACCUUCUUUUUUUAUUAAAUACUGAAAACAAAUAUACAAACACUGGUUUAAAUGUUACAAUAGUUA